AUGGUGGCGGAGAUAAAGUGGGAGCUGUACGGUCGAGAGCAACGGUUUUUGACAGGGAGGUUGCCUGAGGAUGCGUUCAAGCAAUGGAACGUGGCUAGCCCACAGGAUGUGUUGUUGCAGAACGUGGGCGAGGUGGCAAUGUGGCUUUAUGCGAACAUCCAAGUCCUCGCCUCCGAGCGCCGAACUUUCAAGUCGUUCUCCGGUUUCCAGUCGGAGGUUGAACUCCCGGCUGCGCAUCGCUACGCCUCGGGGCCCUGUCAAGAGGCGGCGCUGAAGCUGCCGCGACAGCUCCAAGGACUCUUUUCCACAUACAGGGACCUUUUCGACCGAGCUCUGGCCCGAUCACUGUGGAACACCACCGCCGGCGCUGGCGGUGUGCACUUGGUGCAACAGGCGGCCAUCAAGCUUCGCGAAGCUCCCGGCAGAGCGCUGGCUGCCUUUGGCAACAGAGGCUUCGACUGCAAGACGGCCGGCCGUGUUGUCAGAGACUUCGCGCAGUACUUCCGGCGAUUUGCCGUGGACGCCUUCUUGCAUCUCUCCACUGGGGCCGUCUGCAACACAUCUUUCUCCGACGGGCGCUCGCGGCUGGUUUAUCAUGAGAGCAGGGAGCUGGAUCUGAGGGGACACUACCGGGGUUACGUGCUGGAGCACCUGCUCAAGUCCCUGCUGCAAGGCGACGCGACGCUGGCACGCGCGCCGUGCCUCCGCGCCGUGGAGAUCGGGACCUUCUCGGCCAUGACCUCUGAAUACCUGCUAAGGAUGGUGCCCUGCCUGCAGCUGUGGUGCAUUGACCCCCUGCCGCAGCGAGUUGCUUGGAGCCGGCUGAGUAAGUUUCGAAACCGCAGCACACUCUGGAAGAUCGACUCCUCUGCGGGGUCCACCCGGGUGGAGGAUGGCUCGAUGGACCUGGUCUUUGUGGAUGGCGACCACAGCUACGAAGGAGCUGCCUCGGACAUCUUUAACUGGGAGAAGAAGCUCCGUCCCGGAGGGAUAUUGGCAGGCCACGACUUCAACGGGAUCUUCCCCGGAGUGGUUCGAGCCAUCGAGGAGUUUGUGCAGCUGCGUCAGCUGACCCUUCACUUGGCUACGGACUACAUGUGGUGGACCUUCAAGGGAGCCUGA